AUGGCAACACCGCCGGUGGCAGAAGCCGCAGCGACGACGGCAUCUUUGACCGCGUGUGCGUCAUGUCACCGCCUUUGCGAGGUUCUCGACGAGGUUGCGCGGAAGGACAGUGCGCUGCAGCAGUUCCGCGCCCUGUUUGAAAAGAUGAGCAGAGACUACGAGGUGGAGCAGCGUAAUGCAGCGCAGGCAAAGUUGGAGCUCGCGGCACUCACGACACGUCACGAAACGCAACAGCAGGAACUAAUCGCCGUCAAGGCCAAGAGUGCCAUGCAGGAGUCGAGGAUCAAAGAAGAAGACGAUGCAUGGGAGCGCCGCACGCGGCAGCUGCGUCAAGAGCUGGCCGCGGCAGUUGACGAACGCGACGCUCUUGCCGGUGAGCGGGAGGUGCAGUGGCAACAGAUACGAGCUCUACGCUCACGGCUGGAGGGGCAGCAGCGGCAGCUCACGGUAAUGGAGGAUGCGUGGAAGUGCCGUUUGGAGGAAACACGAAGGGAAGCGGAGGAGAAGGUUCGGACCGGGAUGCGGGAAAGGGAAGAACUGCUGCGAUUACGUGAAGUGGAACUGCAACGAAGCACCUCGCAGCUUGAGGGUCGUCUUGCCGACAUGGCUGCCGAAGUAAGGCGUCAGCAUGAUGCAAGUGAGGCUCUUAUGCUGCGGAUAGAAGACUUGCAGCGUUCUCUGAGACGACAGGAAGCGAUGACGCAGCGAGCUCAGGAUGCGCUCAGUGUGGAGCAGAAGGAAAAGGCACAGCUUGGGGAGUACAUGGCCCUGGAGCGGCAGACAUACCGCCAGCGACAGGAGCAAACCGAGACGAGUUACAAGGCGCAGCUGCAAGAAAUAGAACGAGUUUGUGACCAGCAUGUACGUGAGCGAGAAAGACUAGAAAGUGAGAUUGCCCUCUGCCAGCGGGAAUCGCAAAAGGAGGCCAAGCGUACACGUGAAGUGUGGAUGCAGGAGAAACAGCAGCUUGAGGCAACUAUUGAGUCUCUGCGUGGGGAGCUGAUACGCGAGCAUAUGCGCUUCGACAAAGCACAUGAGUCACACCAGCGAGUGGAGGCACUCCUUGUACGUGCCCGACGGGAGUUGGAGGCAUCGCAGCACCAGGAGGUGGUACUUCAGGAGACGAUCGCAUCACUGCAGAAGGCGGCGGCCAAGCGGGAUGCAACGCAUUUGCGAUUGGAGGGGGAGAUCACACGACUGAGUGCUUCCGUCGCGGAGAGGGAGCGUGAGGCGGAGCGGUGGAGGUCUGCGAUGGAUCGAAUGGAGUGGCAAAGUCGGCUGGAGACGGCACGCGACGCGAGGGAACGUGAACGCAUGCAUCCGGAGGCAUUACCGCCCCCGCCAUUGCUGCCGUUGUCUACAUCCUCAGCCCCACGACGCGACACGACACGUCGCUCCGCGUGGGUUACACCGAACAAACGGUGGGAGCAGGCGGAAAGCAUAGAGCACACGCCUUUGACGGGCAGCCCUUCUAUGAAAGGCGCCGAAAACCCGCCCCGUGGGGGCGAGGACAGGGAUGCCGAUAUGCUCCGUUCCAUCGUGCAGGAAGUGUUGCAGGAGUGCAUGACACGCACGGAACCAUCUUCUUCUUUAACGCAUGCUUCCGAUUCAGCUGCUCUUCAUCCUGCCGCUGUGGCAACUGGUGAUCGCCAUUUGCGAACACCGCGGCGCCGUAAAACUUCUUCUCGUGCCCGGCGACAUGCGAAAAACGGUGACUCCCAUCUUGGCGAGGACUCGCUUCGAAACGGUAUGCCUUGUGCAUCGCCCAUAACUCGUUCCACACCGCCUCGGGACGUCCCCACGACCAAAAUACGUGCCUCAAUGGCUUUGGCACCGACGAGGAUAUCUGCUCCCGCGCCUUCUAUGGCAACCUCGACAAAUUCUUCAAUUUUGCAAGCCGCAGCUCCACUCUUUACAUCUACUUCAAACAACUCGUACCUUGAUUCCUCGACCGUCUCGCAGCCACAGCGGAAUUUACCCUUGAGAGAUUGCGAUCACGGAGACGUCGCUUCACACUUUUCGGUUGGUUCCCCUCUGGCGGUGCCCGUUGAGCGGCGUAGCGCCGACGCUGACAAAGCCGCAGCAACAGCGGCUCUGAUACAAAAGUACACUCUUGAGCGGGAGGAAAAUGAGCAGCGGAUGCGUCAAACCCUGCGAGAUCUUGAACAACGCCAGCAGCAGCUUCUUUAUUCUGUCGAAAGCGGCGCGGACGCCACGAACAAUACUGACGCCCCACCGACGCGAAAGGAGGGAAGGAACGGCGACGGUGUAAAGGUGCACGACAUUAGCCACGCUUCAUCCGCUGCGGCCUCUUCAUCUUCUUUGGCCACCGGUCACAUCUCAUCGCACUCGUCAUCGGCGCGGGCGUCCACCGCGGCACCCGCACCGCCGUCUCGACUGCUGCUGCUGCAAGAGAGGUUUGCGACAAUGCCUAUUAUUCAAUGA